AUGGCGACGUUGGGCCGUCUCGGCCGUGCCUUGCAUAAUGCCUCUCAUCGAGGCUAUGCUACGCUGCUAGUGGCGGAGCACAACAACAAGUCGCUCAACAAGGCAACCCUGCAUGCUGUGACUGCAGCGUCGAAGCUUCCCGGCUGCACCAGUGUGGACCUUUUAGUGGCUGGGAAAGGCUGUGGAGAAGUGGCAAAAGCUGGGGCGUCGACGCAGGGUAUCAGCAAGGUCCUGGUUGCAGAAUCAGACCAGCUGGAGCACCCCGUCGCGGAUGUGCUCGCAGAGUUGUACCUUUCUGAGGCUACAAAGUCAUCGGCGGUGUCUCCAGCUCUUUGGUGA